UUAAAGCUUAGAGUUUGCAUCCACAUUUCCUCAAUGUUCAGAAUGAGUCAGGAAAGACCAUACCUUACACAACCAGCUAUCUAUCCACACACCUCCAAGCAAUAGCUGGAUUUUGGAUAACUAAGAUUUGGACCACAGUCUGCAGAUUCAUCAGGUGUUGCAUACCAGGAAACUUUAGAGCUGACUGAGUUUUUCUGGUCACACAAAACUUCAGGACAAGAUGACAGAAACUCCCCUAAAACAAUGGAAGAGUGGUCUCUUUGACUGCUUUGAAGAUGUCAGUACUUGUUGCUAUGGCUGCUGGUGCUGCCCUUGCCUUGCCUGCACUGUUUCAAGAAGAUUUGGAGAGAACCCCUGUCUGCCUUUAUGUGACAUCCUGACUUGUUGUACAAUUCCUCUGGGUGGGACUCCUUUCACUAUCCCCCCUGCAGCAUUAGCUUUGAGGGCUUCCAUUCGUGUCAAACGGGGCUUACAGGGUUCCCUCUAUACCGACCUGGUUGCUUCCUGUUGCUGUGUCUGGUGCUCCUGGUGUCAGAUGCAUCGUGAACUAAAGGAUGAUACUCCUCUCGUUGUUGUGGUGCAGCAGCCCCAGAUGCCUCAAUCUCCAACUGUGCUCAAUGUGCAGGCUAAUCCUGUCAUGAUGGUUAAUCAAAACUCUGCUCCACUUCCUGUUGGUUAUCAAAACCCCGGUCAAGGCCCUGUUGGGUUUCAAAAUCCUCCUCAAAAUCCUGUUGGGUUUCAAAACCCUCCUCAAAAUCCUGGUGGGUUUCAAAAUCCUCCUCAAAAUCCUGGUGGGUUUCAAAAUCCUCCUCAAAAUCCUGGUGGAUUUCAAAAUCCUGGUGGGUUUCAAAAUCCUCCUCAAAAUCCUGGUGGGUUUCAAAAUCCUCCUCCAAAACCUGCUGGGUUUCAAAAUCCUCCUCCAUAUCCUGAUGAGUGUCAAAAUCCUCCUGCAUAUCCUGAUGAAUUUCAAAAUCCUUCUCAAACUACUGAUGGCUUUGAAAAUCUUUCUGAAAAUCUUGCUGGGUUUCAAAAUCCUCAAACCCCAGAUGGAUUUUAAAAUCCUUCCCCUGCUGGUUUGAAUUCCUAACAAAAAAUGAAAAUAUUUGCAAACAUUUACGUUCAUCAGAUCAGUUGUAAUCAUGUAAUUGUAUUUAAUUUUAACUUUAUCCAGUAAAUUCACUGUCAAUGCUUCAAAUAAAAGUGAUGGGAGUUGAAUAUGACCUUAAGUUUCUUUGUAUAUUAACUUUCUUAUAAACAUUGUAUAAUUGUUUAAUCAGUUUGAAAUAAAAAACACAAGUCCAAUAACAAAAUCAAUGUAUUUUACUGAAUUUCAUUGUUUCUACUUGACUCAGGAAAUCAGUUUUAUGCACCUCAUUGCAGUUGACCAGAUUACUUUAAACAUUUUUAUUAUUAAAAACUGUAAAUUUCCUUUAAUUACAACAUUGUUGUGGGUUGGUCAGAGUUUUUCACUCCUCCUGAGUCACUGCCUCCUUGCUGUUCUGCUCAGUCAGAAUGUUGCUGAUGUCAGAAAAAUCU